AUGACUCCUGCGAUGAGUUUGAUUACUCUGGCUGUUGUCUCCUGGAGCCUUGUUUACGGGGUGACAGCUGGUGUUAUAUCUUCAGGCUGGACGCCAAUAAUAUCAGAAAUAACCACCAGCCCACGCCCUAGCCCGUCCCGCCCAGGGCCAUGCUCUCCAUGCCCUUCAUCCCCUUCGUGUCCUGCCGCCACCAUAGUAACCGUCACUGUGACUGCAACGGCAUGUGUCCCGCCAACCACUCCUAGUGGCGGUGGAGGUGUGGUGGUCAACCAGGUCCCGGUCCAAGUCCAAGUCCAGGUCCAAGUCCAGGUCCAAGUCCAGGUCCAAGUCCAGGUCCAAGUCCAGGUCCAAGUCCAGGUCCAAGUCCAGGUCCAAGUCCAGGGCCAGGGCCAGGUCCCGGUCCCAGUCAACCAGGUCAAUCCCCAUGCCCAACCAUCCCUGUGGGACCCGAAGCCUACCAACCCCCUCCCGACAACCAUCUCCCCCGUUCAUCCACCGACGGGCACCCCAGGGAAAACUAAGCCGGUCCCACCGAUCAGCACGCCAGCUCAACCUUCACCCAGUGUGCACCCAACUACCCUACCAGUUCCUCUGCCAAGCACCCCGGGGAAAACUAAGCCUAUGCCACCAUCAGGCACUCCAGUCCAAUCCCCGCCCGGCGAAAAACCUUCACCAAGCACUCCGGCAGAAACCAAACCAGCACCAAGCACACCGAUCCAACCUCCACCCAGUGUACACCCAACUACCCAACCUGUUCCUCCACCAGGCACCCCAGGGAAAACCAAGCCACUCCCUCCACCAAGCACGCCAGCUCAACCUCCGCCCAGCGUGAAACCUCCACCAAGCACCCCAGGGAAAACCAAGCCGGCACCACCUCCAGGUACUCCAGUCCAAUCUCCAUCCAGCGUGCAACCUCCAACAAGCACCCCGGAAGAGACUAAACCGGCGCCAUCAACACCCAUUCAACCUCCAACAAGUGAGCAUCCAACCACCAAACCAGUCCCUCCUCCAACCAGUAUCCCUACCCAGCCACCAACGGAGACCACAACAGAAACCCCGACUGGUUCACCUCCCGGCCCUCCGGUACCCACCGCUUCACCAUCUGGCAGUAUCACACCGAUCCAGCCCUCGUCUUCAGAGGAAGGAGUGAAGCCAACGACGACCGUACCAAACGUCCCUCCCACAGAAACUCCUGAGGAUGACCCCCCGGCUGAUGAUCCCCCCGCUGACGACCCUCCUGGCGAUGACCCCCCUCAUAAAACUACUCUUGUAAAGAGGGCAUAUCCCCGUUGGCAUUUGAAGAAGGGAAAGCAUUGGAAUUUCACUAAGCCCGAGACAGCUAAGCCCAAGAAACUUGGUAGGCCUUUUAAGCCGCACUACGAUGAGGACGAAGAUGAGGACUGA